GUUGAUGGACCAUUGACCGCAUUUUCUUUAUUUAUUUCGUGUGCUGGGAUUUUAUUAUUUCCCAACUCCAGAAACAAUAUAUCAGUAUAAAUUAUGAGAAAAAAAUUUAAUCCAUAAUUGUAAACUAUUGUAUGUGUUUGUUAAUUCCAUCUUCCCUAGAAAUAAGUAUUCUAUGGCAGCAUAUUAAAAACGGUACCAACAUGCCUUUAACCGAUCGAGAGAAAACAAUCGUUUCAACAGCGGUGCUUGCCGCAGUGGGUGUCGGCACUUUGUGUGUCAUAAUCAAUCGAAAACGGCUCUUCCGUAGAUUUACCGAUCCGUUCUACAAUCAAACGGUAGAAGUUAUUACUAAUUCCGAUGAGUGUCAAAAGAUCGUCGGAACACUGCGAAGCCACUGCCAGGAGUACCGGGUGCUAGGACUAGACUGUGAAUGGGUCAGCGAACAGGGUAAACGCCACCCGGUGGCUCUAUUACAGCUGGCCUCGCACCGAGGACUUUGUGCACUGUUUCGGCUGUGUGAAAUAAGGCGAAUACCCACGGAAUUGAGCGACCUGCUCAACGAUCCAACUAUAUUGAAGGUCGGUGUUGGUCCCGUGGAAGAUGCCAAACUGCUAAAAUCUGACUACAAUCUAAAGGUCGCCAGUGCAUUUGAUCUACGACAUUUGGCCGAAAAGGCCGGUAUUCCUGGACCUUACGGGAUGGCUAGGUUAGCCCAGAAAACUUUAGGCUUUACUAUGGAUAAGCAUUGGCGUGUACGGGCUUCCAACUGGGAGAAUCCAGAGCUGUCACAGCGACAGAUCGCGUACGCUGCCAACGAUGUUCACGUAGCGGUGGAACUGUUCGAGCGGUUUGCCAAACGCGUGGUUCCUCGUGGUCUUUUAAAGUCCCGAAAGGAUUGGUAUCAACAGGUUCUAAGUGAAGUGGAUUGUUACCUAGAUCAACGGUACACGGACAAACCCAGCGGACGUGGUAGUACCGGAAAAGGCAAAAACAAGCUGCUGGGAGGACCUAAUGGUGCAAACAUCAACACGAUCAUAAAACGUUCGAUGGCGACCCGUGCUAAGCCCCUGUACGAUAACUGCCUGAUGCAGGCACCGGAUGGUGAACUGCUGUGCACCUGUGACCGCAAGAAAGCGGAAUGGUACGUGAUCAAGGAGCUAGCGGAAAUCGUUGCCGAUCAGCCGACCUACACGAUCCGUCUGAAGUUUGAGCCGAAGGGCCGUGCUGUAGGGGAUGUUGGCCGGUAUUAUCAAAUCCCCAAAGAAAACCGGUGCGUCGUUUGUGGAGCCAAAGAUUCCUACAUUCGAAAGAAUGUUGUUCCACGCGAUUAUAGGAAGCAUUUUCCACUGGUAAUGAAAGAACAUAUCUCGCACGACGUUCUGCUGCUGUGUGCUCCCUGCCACAGAAAGAGCACUAUGUCUGACGAAAACAUGCGACUUAAACUUACCUCUAUGUGCACGGCACCGUAUUCUACGCAGGAAAACCCAAAAGAAAUACGCGUCGAGAACAUGUCGGAUCUGCGAAAAGCUGCCCGUGCUCUGUUUCAUUUUUCCGACAAGAUUCCCGAAGAGCGUCGGAAAAGUUUGGAGCGAAAGGUGAAGAAGCUGGUCCCGAAAGGAACGGAAAUUAAUAAGGAAAUGUUGGAACAUUACGCUAACAUCAAUGUGACCAUCGCUAACGAAGAGUACUGUGCCCACGGUGCGAAGGUGGUGGAGUACUUCAAACAAACACACGGUGGAUUAAGCGAAUUGGAGAGAAUGUGGCGGGAGCAUUUUCUGCGUAUAAUGAAACCCAAGCAUAUGCCGGAUUUGUGGUCGGUAGAACACAAUUUCAAAAGAUUGGAAAUUCGAGCUGACGAAGGUCGAGUUGACGAGCAAGACCUCUUGGUGGCUGGUGUCAAACGACCAAUUUUAAAUGGUUCCUCUUCAAAUAGCAAUAGUAGUAACAGCAUCAGUCUCACAUUUAGCAACAGCAGCAGCAAUAGUAAAACUUUCAGCCUCGGAACCAUAUCCAUAUCCAACAAUUCAUUGCAGAAAGAGAACACAACAGACAACGACAGUACUGCCAGAGACUUUCCAACCUACGCCGAUGAAGAGGCCGCAUCGACAACGAACGGAUCCGAGCUGGCCGUAACCCAGUCUAACAUCAAUAGGACGGAGUUCUUCUCUAAUCGGGACGAAACGAAGCACGGAGCAACGGCGUACGAAUCCGCCACCGCUGGUGGUUCGAGCGGUACUAGUUUAGGUAACAGCGAAAGUGACCCCUUCCGAACGUUAGCUCCAUCUGCGUCACCGUCGACGCUUAAUGCAGUCGAGCUGGACGAGAGCGAGCAGGAAGCGACUGUAAACGAUUUCGCUUCAAUCGAAUCCAGCUACGAUUCGGAUGAUUCUGAUUCGACUCUCUCGCAGCCAUCGAUGACUUUGCUGAAUUCGACUGACGACUGGGAAGCGGAAGCCAAUGAACCUAGCGUUAACGGGACACUAGGGCAGUGGAAGUAGUAGUGAGAGGUUUGCAGUUUACUCUCCAGUUUUACGAUGUAGUUAUUUCGCAUUUAUCAUUCUAGCCGAUAGCUCGUGUUUGUGAAAGGAACUGUUUUUGCAUGACGAAAUUGUUACUAAUAAAGUUUUAUCCUUGACCGAG